AUGAUCAGUCGGUCUGGACUUUUCAUGGAGCAGCAUGCUCGUCGUAUUCUCCUUGGUCUCGGCUUCAAAGAAGACGGAUUCGAGAGGAAAUUAUCUACGCUCUCAGGUGGUUGGCGUAUGCGAUGUGUGCUAGCCAUUAUUCUGGUCCAAGAUCCCGAUAUUAUGAUCCUCGACGAGCCAACCAAUUUCCUGGACCUUCUGGGAGUAGUAUGGCUGGAGAACUACCUGAAACAACCCCACGACACAUCAGAGACAACCCUCGUCUUGAUCUCACACGAUAGGGAUUUCGUCAAUACUGUCUGCGAGGAGAUUGUCAUCCUCAGAGACCAGAAACUAACUUAUUUCCGAGGAAACCUGUCGGCGUACGAGCAAGAUUUCGAGGAACAGAAGCUUUACUUGGGACGCAUGAAGGAGGCCCAAGAGCGGCAGGUUGCACAUAUGGAAGCUAGUAUCCGGGAGAACAUGAAGAUUGGGAAGAAGACCAAUGACGAAAACAAGCUGCGGCAAGCUAAGUCGCGGCAGAAGAAAGUCGAUGAUCGGAUGGGUCUACAAGUCAGUGCCAACGGGGGGCGUUUCAAACUGAAUCGUGAUCUAGUCGGAUUCCAUCUCCAUAGUCGAGCUGAGAUCGACAUCCCGACAGAUGAAAAGGGCGCGACUAUGAGUUUGCCCGAUGCGACGGAGUUGCGGUUCCCCGGACCAUUGGUAUCGCUUGAGGGUCUUGUUUUCCAGUACAAGAAAACUGACCGCGUCAUCCUGGACAAUGUGAACUUGGUCGUUCACCUGGGCGAUCGUGUCGGGAUCAUGGGCCUUAAUGGCUCGGGGAAGACGACCCUGCUCCGUGUUCUGACGGGGCAUGUAUGCCCUUCCAAGGGCAAACUGUCAAUUCACCCCCGGCUGAAAGUGGGUUACUAUAGCCAGCAUUCCGUGGAAGAGAUGCAGGAGCGUUGCCGAGGCGACCCUAGUUUAACUGCACUGGGAUUAUUUACGAUUGAGACCGAAGGGUCCCUGAACGGGGGCGCUAUCAGAGGUCUACUUUCUUCUAUGGGGCUAGCAGGUCGUGUUGUAUCUGAUGUCCCUGUUGCCAAACUAUCAGGUGGACAAUUGGUCCGCCUUGCAUUAGCUCGAAUCGUCUGGGAUGCACCACAGCUUCUCAUUCUAGAUGAAAUUACCACGCAUUUGGAUUUCCACACUGUCACUGCAUUAGCUACAGCUCACUCCUCCUUCAAUGGCGCCGUGCUUCUGGUUUCACACGACCGUUUCCUUGUUCGUUCUGUGAUUGAGGGCAAACGAGACACCAAGUACAAACUUGACGAAGAAUUCGAAGGACUCGACGAAGAGACCGACGAAACGCCAAGGCGUCGAUCGAUCUAUGUGAUUAAACAAGGCAAGAUGAACGAACAGAAAAAUGGGGUGGAGCAGUUCGAAAAGAGCCUGGUGAAGCAGGUGCAGAAGUUGUUGCCAGCUAUGGAUUAG